UGCGCUGAAGAGCUUCUGGUUUUCAGCUCAAGGGGCUGCAGGUCUUCGCUGGGCAGCAGGAGCAGGUAUCUGCUUGAACAGGAUUUUCCAGGCAUGCGCAUUGGUCCAGAGCCUACCACAGAUUCUUUUAUUGCUGUGAUGUAUGGAGAUCCAGAAGGAAGCGUUCCUGGAAAUGCCCUGGUUGUUGAUCCUAAGAAGCCAUUCCGCAAACUCAGCCGCUUUGGAAAUGCUUUCCUGAACAGGUUCAUGUGUUCUCAAUUACCUAACCAGGUUCUGAAGAGUAUCAGUAUCAUUGACAGCCCAGGCAUUCUCUCUGGAGAGAAACAGCGCAUCAGCAGAGGUUAUGACUUCUGCCAAGUCCUCCAGUGGUUCGCUGAAAGGGUUGACCGCAUCAUCCUGCUUUUUGAUGCCCAUAAGCUGGAUAUAUCUGAUGAGUUUUCAGAGGCUAUUAAGUCAUUUCGGGGCCAGGAUGACAAGAUUCGAGUGGUGCUCAAUAAGGCUGACCAAGUGGACACUCAGCAGCUGAUGAGGGUCUAUGGUGCACUCAUGUGGUCCCUGGGAAAGGUCAUCAACACUCCAGAGGUGCUGCGGGUCUACAUCGGCUCCUUCUGGGCCAAUCCUCUCCAAAACACAGAGAAUCGAAGACUCUUUGAGGCAGAGGCACAGGAUCUUUUCAAGGACAUCCAGAGCCUCCCGCAGAAGGCCGCUGUGCGGAAACUCAAUGAUCUCAUAAAGAGAGCAAGGCUUGCAAAGGUCCAUGCUUAUAUCAUCAGCUAUCUGAAAAAAGAAAUGCCAUCUGUAUUUGGAAAAGAGAACAAGAAGAAGGAGCUGAUCAGCAGAUUACCCGACAUCUAUAACCAACUGCAAAGAGAAUACCAGAUCUCGGCAGGGGAUUUCCCUGAGGUCAAGAAAAUGCAGGAGCAGCUGGAGACUUGUGACUUUACUAAAUUUCACUCUUUGAAACCAAAGUUAAUUGAAGCUGUGGAUAACAUGCUGGCCAAUAAAAUUGCCUCCCUGAUGAGCCUAAUCAGCCAGGAAGAGAGCAAUAUGCCCACACAGAUGGUGCAUGGUGGGGCAUUUGAUGGCACAAUGGCGGGACCCUUUGGCCAUGGAUAUGGAGAAGGUGCCAAGGAAGGAGCUGAUGAAGAGGAAUGGGUUGUUGCCAAAGAUAAACCUGCUUAUGAUGAGAUUUUCUAUACUCUGUCACCAAUCAAUGGCAAAAUAUCUGGGAUCAAUGCAAAGAAGGAGAUGGUGACUUCCAAACUACCUAACAGUGUCUUGGGGAAGAUCUGGAAACUUGCUGACUGUGAUGGUGAUGGGAUGUUGGAUGAUGAGGAGUUUGCAUUGGCAAAACAUCUCAUCAAGAUUAAACUGGCUGGAUAUGAACUGCCUGGCACGCUACCUCCCCAUCUGGUGCCACCAUCUCACAGGAAACCUCUGCAGACAGCAGAGUGAAAAAUACAGGGAGAAGAAUGAAGAUUUGGGAUACCAAAUGUGUUAAAACCACCAAAGUUGGAAAUUAGGCUUAGAUCCUUAAAUCUCAUAGCACAUUCCACACAAGUUACUGACAUUAGAGGCAUAGUAGCAGGAAAACAUUCGUGUAAUAGUUCCUACUGACCUUCACGGAGACAUGCUUAUCACAAGUGCCUUGUAUAGAUUUAUGACCACGCGUGAUGUAAGGUGAAAGUAUUUUCAUUGUCUUGCUUCCAUGUCUUGCUGCCUUUACAGCCAUAAAGCAGAAAAGACUGUGUAUAAAAUCACCGACCUUCGCCAAACCUAAAUGCUUGGCAACCACAAGUCUCUCCAAACUGUUUAUAGUAAGUGCAAGGAAACUCUAAACAUAAAUUCACCUGCCUAUGCAAGGAGCAUUUUUAUGCUAAAAGCAUACUCUAGGCACCUGAGUGAAUGUCAGCAUUUGUAUAGUUUAAGAAAAGGCAGACAUACAAAGAAAUUUAAAUUUUAGGGUGGUGGUGUGGUGGUGUGUGUGUUUUUUUUUUAGUUUGGGGGUAGAGAAAGAAGAGAGUCGGGGAAGGAUCUCUUUAAGAAGUGCUCAGAAUGCAUGGGCGGAGUUGCUUUUAGAUUUCAGCAGCUAGGGUAAAAAGUGCAAAAUAUUAAAAUAAUUCUUUCAGUCUGUCAUCACUGUGUCUUGUUAUAAUCCGAAGAGCUGCUUUUUUUUUAUUUUAUACAGCACUAUAUAUUAAGUAUUUUCAGUUAAAAGAACUGAAUCUCCUUUCCUCCUUGAAUUUGGAGUUUCCUUUGAGGUUUCAGUUUAGCUGCUCUGCAGACCUUGAAUUCCUGAAUUGUUCAAAUGAUGGCAGAAUGUUUUUGUUAGCUAAAAAAGUCAUAUGUUUCCAUUGAAAUAAAGCCUCACUUUUUGUUCCAGAAAGGUGCACUGUGCAAAGUCAGCCUCUUGACAUUGAAUUGUCUUGGGAAACUUUCGUGAGUUAAUUUCUAUUUACACCUUAUUAUACAGAUAUCUCUCUAUAUAUGUUACAAAAAAAAUAUAUAUAUAUAUACACACACACACUAUAUAUAGAUAUAUUAGAAAACUUUAGCUCUUUCUGUUGCCUGCAUGUAGCUGACAAAUACAGAAGAGAUAUUCCAUUCCUAUGGUGGCAGAUCAGAAGGAUGGAGCCACUAAUAGGAAUCUUCACAUUGAGAUUAAUAGGUGGUAGACUGGUCCUUCUAAAUAUUACUCCUUUAUUGAGAAGUAUCCAAGAAAGGAAUGGAUGUUUACUAAACAUUCCUUUUCUAACCACACAGUCAAAAUGUUGAGCAUAUCAGCUGCU